AUGACGUCAUCAGCGAUCGGCAAGUGCGCCAGUGACGUCAGCGGCCCUCUGCUGCGCGCGAAGCUGCUCCCCUGGGCUGCCGCCGCCUUGUUUUCCGCCACCUCCCGCGCUUUCUCCGCCGCCAGCAGCAGCGGCGGGCGUUGCGCGCAAGCUGGGGGCGGCGCGGGCGAGGGAGCAGGCGCGGGGGGGGGAUCCGGCGGAGGGGGGAACCUCGCGGCGAUCAAGGAGCUGCGCGCGCGCACGGGCGCGCCGGUGAAGGACGUGAAGGCGGCGCUGGUGGCGGCCGGGUGGGAUCUGGACGCGGCAUUCACGAAGUUGAGGAGACCUGGCAGCAGCGCAAAAGAAGCGGGCGCGGGUGGCAGCAGAGGGGCUGACGCGGCAUUCACCGAGUUGAGGAGGCGGGGCCUGGCAGCGGCGCAGAAGAAGCGGGCGCGGGUGGCAGCGGAGGGGCUGGUGGGCGUGGCGGUGCGGCGGGGCGUGGGCGCGGUGGCGGUGGAGGUGAACAGUGAGACUGAUUUUGUUGCACGCAACGACCUCUUCCAACUGCUUGUUUCCAAGGCAGCAGCCGCAGCGUUGAGCCUUUCACCCUCCUCCUCCUCGUCCUCCGCAUCUCUUCCGCUCCCUCUGCCUCUAGCAAACCUUGAACAAGCCACGGUGUCAUUCGACCACCCGAAGCUGACGGGAAGUCGCCAGCUGGCAGAGGCGGUGGCUGAGGUGGCAGCGCUGACUGGGGAGAACGUGCGCCUGCGCCGAGCCUUCCUGCUUCCCGAGCCUCGGCCGUCUGGCUCGGUGGCCACGUACCUGCACAGCAGCCCCGGGGCUGGCUUGGGGCGGAUAGCUAGUCUUGUGUCCCUCUCUCUUUCCCAGCCUUCAGGCAGCAGCAGCAGCAGCAGCAGCAGCAGAGAAGGGAGCAGCGCAGAUGCAGGAUCAGAGGCAGGAUCAGAGGCAGGAUCAGAGGCAGGAUCAGAGGCAGGAUCAGAGGCAGGAUCAGAGGCAGGAUCAGAGGCAGGAGCAGUGGAGGAGACGGGAGCAGCGGCAGCGGCAGCAGCGGCGGUGGGGGAAGGAGUGGCGAUGCAUGUGGUGGCGAUGAGACCGCUGUAUCUGAGGCGGGAGGACGUGCCUGCGGAGGUGGUGGAGAGGGAGAGUGAUGUGCUGCGAGCCCAGGCGGUGGCAGCGGGCAAGCCAGCGGCUGUGGUGGAGAAGAUGGUAGCGGGGCGGCUGGGCAAGUUCUACGGCGAGGUGGUGCUGACGGAGCAGCCUUAUGCCCUGGAUGAUAAGAGGACCGUGCAGAAAGUGCUAGCAGAAGGUUCCAAGAAGGCCGGGGCAACGAUUCAAGUGGAGCACUUUUUAUGGCUAGAGGUUGGAGAAGGCAUUGAAAGGGAGGCCAAGGACUUUGCAUCCGAGGUGGCAUCACAGGUGGCCUCGUCCUCGUGA